AUGGCUAGCGACCUAUCAGCACCUCCAGUGCCUUAUACUCGGCUGAAGGAAAUCACCGAAAGUGCAUGCGAAACGGCUCUCUCAGGCGUCACCUCCUAUUCACACGCAGACACAGAGACAUGGAAUACCACCAUAAUCAACAACAUCCUUGGAGCUCUAGUCAGUGAAACCACUCAGUCAAGCUCCAGUGGCUCGACACCAGCGCAACCACAGUUCAAGUACGUUGUCAAUAGCACCAUCAUCCAACAUGCCGGUUCUACAGGACCAACCACACCAGGCGAGGACUCAUCCAAGAAGAUCAGCGGUCGUAGAGGCAUGCAUGCUGCCAGCGGCGCAUAUUGGAACAAUGAGAAGGAUGGAAUGUGGAGUUUCAAAUAUCCCGGCGCUGACAGCAAGGGUCUCGACGUGGUAGUGGGUGUCAUUUGGGUCUGGGUCGGCUAG